AUGGCUCUUGUUCGAGACCCAUAUUUCUGGAAACGGUUCUCAGCUGCAGUCCAUAUGGACGAAGAGUCCAGAGCAGUUGACCAAGGAAUACAAACAAAACAUGAUGCGGCAUCAUGGCUUUCCCGAGAAAGACGGAAGAGAAAGCGAUCACUUAUCUGUGGCUUCAUCAUUUUCCUCGCAGUGGUGCUCGUCAUCAUUGUCAGCGUGAUUCUUUGGUGGCUUGCUAAGAACAACUGGCUCCAACCUCAUCCCGAUACCCCUCAAUAG